AUGGCACCACAGAAGUCUGAGGAGACGGAAACACAGCGUAGCGUGAAGGCUAGACAUGUCCGCUCUAUACGCCGUUCUACUCAAGGCGUCAGUGCUGACCUCUUAGAGGAAGCUAAGCGUCAGCUUCUUGCAGAGGCUACUACUACUGCCGUCGCAGGAUCACUUUCUUCGACUUGUAGCCAAGUUGGAUAUGUGCGAAACGGACUUCCAUGUAAUCCAACUUUUUAUGUAUUUAAUUAUUUGCAUCAAUCAUAA